ACACACGUUCAUUUAUUAUUUUUGCCUUUAGCUCGUCGAAACUAAUGAGCUUGGAUGUUUGUUUCAGGUAUGGACUUUGAUCUUGAUGAGGUAUUGAGGACUCUGCCAGGAGAAGAUGAGGGCCUUACCCUCGUUGAUGGGGUCGAGCUUGAUCUGGAAGGAGUCAUGGACUCCAUGCCUGACCAGGGGCAGGAGGGUGAGGUGGAUCCUUUGCCUAUCCCUUCAAAGAGAAGGAGGGGGCUGACCUUGGGAGAAAGUCUCAGACGAUCAACGAGACUUCUCAGCCCUUAGAUGAGCCUCGUGAUGUGGUUCCAGCUCCUAGGCCGGGAGCUCCUAGUCGUGCGCGAUGUGAGCGCGAGGACUCGCUUCCUAACUUUGGGUUUCCUCCCACCCGGGGCUAUAAUGAGAUGGGGGUGCUUAAGUCGUUGGUGACCCCCGCUCGAUCCAGAGCGAUUGCAGGACGCAGCGCAGAUGACAUAGAAAGGGCUGCGGCAGUUUACCUUCAGAGGGUGGUGGCCCUCUAGACCGGACUCGCUGAGUCGAAUCGCCGCCUAGUCUCAGAGUUGAAAACUCUUACUGAAGAAAAGAAGAAGGAGGCUCAUCACCACAAGAAGAAAAUAUCCUUUUUGAGGAAAUCUCUGGAGAUGUCGGACACUCGAGCUCGUGAGCAAGAGACGGAGAUUGACAAUCUACGCUCUGUUUUGGCUCGUGCUCCUGAAGAGGCGGUUGAGAGGUAUAAGGCCUCAGAUGAGUACGCUGGAGAUCUUAAGGCGGCUGUGGAUCAGUAUAAGACAUCGUCUGAUUAUGCUAAGGCUUUGAACUCAUACGGGGGGAAGGCGAUGUCAGCAUCAAUUAAGCUCUCCAAGGAGUGGAUUAUGGCCGAACAUCCUUCUAUAGACCCCUCUGGCUUGGAUAGAUUUCUCGCACAGCGCAAGGGGAAGGAGAGCGUAGCUCAGUCAUCCAGAUCACUCGGUCGUUCAUCACAAGGUGGUAGUGGGGAUGUCUCCCCUUCGAGCUGAAGCAUUUCUUAGUUGCUGUUUUCCUUGCUAGUUUUUUCCUUUUUAGCGUUUACUUUUGCUUAGCCUUGUUAUCCUCUACUUGCUCGGGAUGUGGGCAAGAAUUCUUCGAAUGUAUAAACACAUCUUUCAUUCGAUAUUAUUGGCGCUGGAUGCGUGGUUCCUUUAAAAUGUCGUCUCUCAUGUUAUUUUUCUUUUCACUGCUUGAUGGUGCGGGGGAGUGUUCAUAUAUAUAUAUAUAUAUUUUCCAAGGCUCUCCACCUAGUCGCGUAUGCUAUGUCGACCGCAGGGGGUGAUUUGGCGGUUAAGGGCCUUAGCCAAUUUUUUGACUUUCCAGGGCUCUCCACCUAGCCGCGUAUGCUAUGUCGACCGCAGGGGGUGAUUUGGCGGUUA